AUUAUGCCACGAUUUUUUUCAUCUUAUCCAACAAUCCGAGCUUGUGUCGGUAUUGCUUCUUGGAUUCCUGUAAUAAUUUGGAGUUUAGAUCAUGGAUAUACAAUAAGCUCUAUAAGCGGGCGAUCUAUGCAGCCAACAUUUAAUCCGGACUCAAACAAACUCACUAGAGAUAUUGUUUUAUUGAACCGUCAAGCAGCUAUUAGUCAUAAAUACAAAAGGGAUCUUGAAUGGUUUAGUGCUCCAGAUGACCCAGAUAAGGUAAUAACCAAACGAAUAAUAGCAUUAGAAGGAGAUACAGUUUUCACAUUACCACCUUAUCCGGAUAAAUUUUUAAGAAUACCAAAUGGAUAUUGUUGGGUUGAAGGUGAUGACGCACUUCAUAGCAAAGAUAGUAACACUUUUGGGCCGGUACCAUUGGGGUUAAUAAAUGCCAAAGUAACAUAUGUAUUAUGGCCAUUGGCAAGGUUUGGCAAAGUCCCGAAUAUCGAAAAACCAGGACGGGUUGCUAAAUAUGCUGAAUCGUCGGUCGGUUAG